CAUCUACGCCGACUGAACCAUUUUCAGUCGAGCGGGAAUGGCAGCGGUGGCGGUGGACGAGGCGGUCCGGCGGUACCUCGGCGACGGCAAGCCGGCGGAGCUCCUCCCGGCGUUGUUCAAGCUCUGCUGCACGCUGUUCCCGCCGAGCCAGAGCAAACCUUCCGCUCUGGCCCUGGCCUCGCAGCUCCACGCGGACGCCUGCAAGCGUCCCAUCUCCGCCGCCGCCUCCAACUCCCUCCUCACCUGCUACCUCCGCGCCGCGCGCCCGGACCUCGCCCUCGCCCACCUCCGCUGCCCCUCCACCCCCACCGACGACGUCACCUACAACGCCCUCGUCGCCCACCUCCCGCCCACGCCGGCCUACUCCCGCCUCUGCUUCGCGUCUCUCCCUCUCUUCCGGCCCAACCUCGCCACCCUCCUCGCGCUCCUCCGCCGCGCCUCGUGUUACGAUAACCUCUCCGCCGCCGUGCACGCCUGGCUCACCAAGACGGCCUACAUCAGCCUGGGCGGCAACGCGGAGGUCUCCAACUCACUGCUCGCUGUGUAUGCCGCCUCGGGGGACUACCUCGCCGCGUCCAGGAUGUUCGACGAAAUGCCUGUCCGAGACGUAGUGUCCUGGACGUCCAUGAUCGGGGCCUGCCUGGCAGGGGGCUCUGCCGUCCAGGCCCUGCGCCUGUUCCGCGAGAUGCUCGCCGACGGCGCGGUGGAGCUGGACGGGGUUGUCCUCGUCGUCGCCCUCCGCGCGUGCGACCACCUGGCCCUCGGAGCCUCCCUGCACGCCGUCGCGGAGCGCCGCGGGCUGCAGGGUGAUGACGUCUUCGUCGCCAACUCGCUCGUCGACAUGUACGCCAGGUGCCUCGACCUUCGGUCCGCGAUGAAGGUGUUCGAGAUGAUCCCGGGGAAGAACGUGGUGUCCUGGAAUAGCAUGCUCUCAGGACUCGUGCACGCCGGCCGCUGCGCCGAGGCGCUGGAGCUGCUCGGCUCUUCGUCCUUCCUGAAGGGCGGCGAUGAUGUUGAUCUCGACGAGACCACGCUGGUGGUGCUGCUACAGCUGUGCAAGAAGCUAGGCGAGGCUAUGUGGUGCAGGUCGGUCCAUGCCGUGGCUUUCAGGAGGCUCUGGUUCGCCUCGUCGAGCCUGCCGCUGCUGAACGCGCUGCUCGACGCCUACGCAAAGUGUGGCCUCCUGGAGCACGCGCUCCGGCUGUUUGGAGGGAUGCGCGACAAGAACGUCGUCACCUGGAGCACCCUCAUCGCUGGCUGCGCCCACAACUGCAGGCCACACGAGGCGAUGGCAUGCUCCGUCGCGAUGAGGGAGGCCGGGAUGAUGCCCAACUCGAUCACCAUGUUGAGCAUCCUCCAAGCGUGCGCUGACUGUGCGGAAACCAGGGCGUCGAGAUGUGCCCAUGGCGUGGCUGUCAGGAGUGGGCUAGCCCCGGAGCGGGACGUUGGCAACGCUCUGGUGGACACCUACGGCAAGUGCGGCGACCUGACCACGGCAAUGAGGGUGUUCGACGCGAUGCCCAGAAAGGAUGUACUCACCUGGAACUCCAUGAUCGGCGCGCUGGGGAUGAAUGGCCGCGCGCCGGACGCCCUCGCCCUCCUCGACAGGAUGGAACGGGAAGAUGAUGACAAUGUCAGGCCGAACGGCGUCACGAUGCUUGCUGUUCUGUCGGCGUGCGGGCAUGGAGGGCUGGUGGAGGAGGGCAUGGCACAAUUCGAGCGGAUGACGGCGAAGUACUCACUGCAGCCCCAGGUGGAGCACCUGUCGUGCGUGGUCGACAUGCUGGCGCGCGUGGGGGACCUCGAGGGGGCGACGAAGAUCAUCGAGGAGAGGAUGCUGUCCGCCACCAGCGGAAGUCUAGCAGCAGCCUGGAGCGCGCUGCUGAGCGCGUGCAGAAGCCAUGUCAAUUGCGAGGUCGGGCGGGACGCGGCGUGUCGUGUCCUGGAGUUGGAGCCUGACAACUCGGCUGGGUACCUGAUGUCAAUGAGCAUACCAGGCGGUGAGCCGGCGCGGAUGCGGUGGUUGAUGAGGGAGAGGGGGGUGAAGGUGACAAGCGGACACAGCGUGGUGCAGAUCGGGCAGGAGGCUCACAGGUUCGUGUCUUGGGAUGGAUGCCACCUGCAUAGGGCGCAGGUCUAUUCCAUGCUAGGUCUCCUGCAUCAGCAAAUACUACCGCCUACACAUGAUUCAAACCACCAUCUUCAUCAUCAGCAUCUUACCUUAUCAUGUAUCGAUGCUACUACUCGUUAAUCGCCACAUCCAUCUGAAUCAUUGGACACAUUAUGUUACGCAGCAAUGGCCCAGAUGCACUUAGUUAGUUUCAUUGUGUUGUUACCAUCCACUUCAUCCUGCCUAGUCUUCAGCCAGCGUCGCAAGGAGGCACAUGUAAGAGGACAUUAUUACCCGAGUACAUAAUUCACUCCACUCGCCUAUCUAAGCUAGCUAGCUGAACUCUGUAGGUACAGUUUGAAACUUUAGAUCGUUCUUAGUUUAUUCAGUGCAAUUCUCACCAUGACACCAUGGUUCAGGAUCUUUGCUACAGAAGUCUACUUAUAGCCCAUUUUCCUUGAAACAUUUUUCGGGACAUGGCGUUAUCGUUUUAGUUCCUCGGGAACCACCAUGGUUUGUUCAUCUCAAUGCUUCUGCUGCUUGUUUGUUUUGACGGUGUUCAGCUGACAGGUUUCGGGCUGUCCAAGUUUUGUCGUCUGAUGAACACCACAGAUAGUUGCAUGGAGAAGGUGUGAAUUUUAGCUUGUUAUGCAAUUGGUUACAAGGCUUAUAAUUAGUUGUCACAUUUAGAAAAGAUGAGCUCAACAUCGAAAAUAGCAUCUUCUGUUUAUUAUUUGCUUGCCUGCCUCCAGCUCAUGGUAUUUUCCUAUGCAAUUGGUUACAGAACCCAUUUGAUUCCAGUGUAUUUUUUUUACCAUGAGAAGCUGACAGCACAUGAUGGUAAAUAGACUUUUUGUCACGUAUAUAUAUAUCAGGCAGGAAACUCAUGGUAUUUUCCUAUGCAUCACAGUUGUGCAUUUCUUGUGUGGAACAUGAAGUAUAUAGAUAGAUCAUGUCCGUGGACUGAAAGCUCUCCUUCCACAGCUUUUUUAACCAAGAAAAGCAAGCACCCAUGAUCAAGAACCCCACCAUUCCAUUCUCCCAUCAGCUGACCGCACGACGCGCGCGGCUGGCCAAGUAUUCCCCCAUGGGAGGAUGCGCUGAGGGUCUUCUUUGUUGUCGUCAUCUACUGGCGGUCAAGGCCGGAGGACCCGAUGGGGACUACACGUGGUUCAUAUCGCCUCUGGCCUGCCGCAGUCGCCCUUCUUCCUCCUCACAUGUUUGGAAGUUUCAGAUCCAUACUUUUUUUAUUCCUAGAAAUUUUAGGCUGAAAGCUUCCAUGACUGUCUGAGUUGGAAGUUCUAAAUCAUCAGAUGAAUAAAUUGCAAAAUAUUGUUUAACCCUGGGAGUCAAAUUCCUUUAAACUGAGAGUUCUAAAAAGUAUUCCCCAUGCGUCUUGUAGUACGAUACAUUACAUACUUGAUUGAAUUCAGAGUCAGAGUAGUACACUUCACUAGGCCUGUCUAAGACACAACUUGUCCUAAAAAUGUCCCUCAACACUGUUAGUCUCUUCAACAACCUUCGACCAGGAGAGAUACCAACAGGCAAUCAGCUCCAGACACUCGACGAACCCUCCAUUUAUUGCAACAUCACUGGAUGGGUCAAAGGAAGAUCACCAUCAACUUGAAACCCUGUGGCUGUAUUACUCAGUGAUUGCUGGAGCUGUCUUUGGUUUCUGGCUGUGGUUUGGAGCUCUUGAGGUUGGCGCUCUUCGGUUGCAGCAUCAAUGCCAUACAAAAUUGCACCCCGUUUCCCACAAUGCAGUAUUUUUCGAUGUCUUCUCUCAAUUGCAUUAUAAACUAUGGAUGUAGGUGUAUUGUUGAGGAGACUCAUCUUUAUUUUCUCCCAGCAAUAAGCUGCAUUUAUCUGUUCCUGCGUGGACAGAAUUGAAUUAUAGCUGUUAUUAUGAUACGGCCUAUUUCUUACGCAGACUUGUAUAAGGUUUUAUUCUCUCAA